AUGCCAACAGCUACUAAUGCACUAACAAAAACAACGGAGCCUAUUACACCACCCACUAUCGCACCAGUAUUGGACGGAGACGUAGAUGAUGUGGGUAUGGGUGGAGAGGUACCAGUAGUUCCGUUUCCUUUCGGCUUAUUUGGUCCAUUGUGA